AUGAUUUCAAUUAUUUAGUCUUUCCAAAAUUAGUCAAUUCUGCGCUGUAAUAUUAUCACUUCCUGUCUAUAUCCCCACUUUUUGUAUUUGAUAAGAAAUAAACAAGCGCCCACAGUCCACCAUACUUUUUCACAAUCCUCCAUUAAUUGACGAGCCAAGAUUUUCAUUUUUGUUUUGCAUAAACUCGAAUCAAAAUCAAGAACCCAGAAGCUAAAAAAUGAGUUCAUCAGCAGCAACAAGGAAGCUGGAAGUGGUGUCACCAGUACCAGCUGAUAUAGACAUUGCUAACUCAACUCAGCCUCUUCAUAUCUCUCAGAUUGCCAAUGAACUCAAUCUUAAUGCUGACCAUUAUGAUCUUUAUGGAAAAUACAAGGCCAAGGUUUUGUUGUCUGUUCUUGAUGAGGUUGAAGGAUCAGCUGAUGGGUACUAUGUGGUUGUCGGAGGGAUUACUCCUACUCCACUUGGGGAAGGCAAGUCAACUACUACUGUUGGUCUUUGCCAGGCUUUGGGUGCUUUUCUUGAUAAAAAGGUUGUCACCUGUCUUCGUCAACCAUCACAAGGGCCAACUUUUGGAAUUAAAGGGGGUGCUGCAGGUGGUGGUUAUAGUCAAGUGAUUCCAAUGGAUGAAUUCAAUCUUCACCUAACGGGAGAUAUUCAUGCUAUAACAGCUGCAAACAAUCUCCUAGCAGCUGCUAUUGAUACCCGUAUUUUCCACGAGUCGACACAAACAGAUAAAGCGCUUUUCAACCGAUUAUGCCCUCCUAACAAAGAAGGGAAAAGAAGCUUUAAUGAAAUAAUGUUUAGGCGUCUGAAGAAGUUUGGUAUUUCUAAAACCAAACCCGAGGACCUUACCCCAGAAGAAAUUAAUAAAUUUGCAAGGCUUGAUAUAGACCCAGAGUCAAUUACUUGGAGGAGAGUUAUGGAUGUGAAUGACAGGUUCUUGAGGAAGAUUACUGUGGGCCAAGGUCCUGAAGAAAAGGGAAUGGUGAGAGAAACAGGUUUUGAUAUUUCGGUUGCUAGUGAAAUAAUGGCAGUUUUGGCUCUCACAACAUCUCUUUCUGAUAUGAGGGAGAGGCUUGGAAAAAUGGUCAUUGGAAAUAGCAAGGCUGGUGACCCAGUAACAGCUGAUGAUCUUGGUCUUGGUGGUGCUUUAACUGUACUAAUGAAGGAUGCCAUUAAUCCAACUUUAAUGCAGACUCUUGAAGGAACCCCUGUUCUUGUUCAUGCAGGCCCCUUUGCAAACAUUGCUCAUGGAAAUUCUUCCAUUGUUGCUGAUAAAAUUGCAUUGAAACUGGUUGGACCGGGUGGUUUUGUGGUCACAGAGGCGGGCUUUGGUGCUGAUAUUGGUACUGAGAAGUUUAUGAAUAUAAAGUGCCGAUAUAGUGGUUUAACGCCUCAAUGUGCUAUUAUCGUUGCAACGAUUAGGGCCCUGAAAAUGCACGGCGGUGGUCCGGCAGUUGUUGCUGGAAAGCCUCUUGACCGAGCCUACACAACUGAGAAUGUCGCUUUGGUUGAAGCUGGGUGUGUGAAUCUGGCUAGGCAUAUUUCAAACACAAAGGCUUACGGUGUGAAUGUUGUAGUUGCUGUAAACAUGUUCUCUACCGACUCUGAAGCAGAGCUUAAUGCAGUUAAAAAUGCAGCAAUGGCUGCUGGAGCAUAUGAUGCUGUUGUAUGCACACAUCAUGCCCAUGGCGGCAAGGGAGCGGUGGACCUGGGAAUUGCAGUUCAAAAGGCCUGUGAGAAUGUGACGCAGCCUUUGAAGUUUUUAUAUCCGUUGGAUAUUAGCAUCGAAGAUAAAAUAGAGGCAAUAGCGAGGUCAUAUGGUGCUAGUGGUGUUGAGUACUCAGAGCAGGCUAAGAAGCAGAUUGAGAUGUACAGCAAGCAGGGGUUCUCUGGUCUACCAAUCUGCAUGGCUAAAACCCAGUAUUCAUUUUCAGACAAUGCAGCUGCGAAAGGAGCACCAUCAGGAUUUAUUUUGCCAAUAAGGGAUGUCAGAGCAAGCAUUGGGGCUGGUUUCAUUUAUCCUUUAGUCGGGACGAUGAGCACCAUGCCCGGUCUUCCUACUAGGCCUUGCUUUUAUGACAUUGACAUCAACACCGCUACCGGUAAGGUCGUUGGUCUCUCAUAAACCUACUUCACAUCGUCUACUCGUCGAUUGUUUGCCAUUGCUGCCUUUUCUCCAUGUAAUACAUUGCGUAUUCUGGAUUCGGCUUCUUUAGUGAAUGCUUUCAUAUUCAAACCUUGAAUAAUAAGAGCUUAAAGACCGGGGAAUGAACUUAAGUAUCAAUUUGCUACCUAAA